CUGUGUUUCAACCGUUUUUGUACUUCAUUGUUCGCCCUGUGAGUCGUGUCUGCCCCAGACAGUGCGAGCUGUGCUCGGCGGCAGCAGCUGAAUGAAGUAGUCAGGAGGAAGUGGCGGGUAACGCAGCUCCACACCUUUCCGGUGUAGCAGCACUGCGACCAGCUCGACUUACAGGAGAAAGACGGGAGCUGAGUGUAUUUAUCGAGGAAGGAGGGGGAGAUAGGAGGGGGAAAAGAAGUGGAGUUUCAUGGGUGGAUGAGUGUGUUGCUGAGUCACCGAGGAUUUUUUCGAAGUCGUCCCGUCCAGCACAGUGAAGUUACCCGGCGGAACGCUUGAUGGAAUAACCGCAGAAAGCUGCUUUUCUGCUGCGGUAGCGGUGAAGAGAACAAGGGCGCACCCGGCGAGGAGCACCGCCAGACACAAACACCAGAAGGAAUUCACAAGUACCGCGGCUUUUUCGGGGCCCUGUAUGCACACCGUGUCUGCUCUCGGCAGUUUUGAAUCGCCACGGCCUGUUUGUGUCACGCAGCUUUAUGUUGUUUUGGGCUACACAAUGAACACCAUGCAACAGCUGCUGCCAAGUUCUUAGUUUAACCGUGCCAUGUUGUGUAUAGGGCCUGAAAACAUUGUGAUACUCUGAAUAUAAAUGUCCCUGCACUUCACAGGAUCCUGACGUGCAGACUUUCAAGUUAAAAAAAAAAAAAAAAUCUUUUCACUGGGUCAUGUUUUCACAGGUGAACCCAUAAUCAAACUGCGGCUAGAGUCAAAGACAAUAAUCAUCAGAACGGUAUCAGACAUUUUUUUUUUUCUCAUUAGGAGCAAAGUAUUUAUGCACAAGCGUUCAAAAUGGGGAAGAUGCUCUCAAAAAUAUUUGGCAACAAGGAGAUGAGAAUAUUAAUGCUCGGACUUGAUGCAGCUGGAAAGACAACAAUCCUCUACAAACUGAAACUCGGACAGUCUGUCACCACAAUCCCCACAGUCGGCUUCAAUGUGGAGACUGUCACCUACAAAAAUGUCAAGUUCAACGUCUGGGAUGUUGGAGGCCAGGAUAAGAUUCGUCCCCUGUGGCGACACUACUACACAGGCACCCAAGGGUUAAUUUUCGUGGUGGAUUGCGCGGACAGGGAUCGCAUCGACGAGGCAAGGCAGGAACUACACCGCAUCAUUAAUGACCGGGAGAUGAGGGAUGCCAUCAUCUUGAUAUUCGCCAAUAAGCAAGACCUCCCAGAUGCCAUGAAGCCACAUGAAAUCCAAGAGAAGCUCGGAUUGACCCGCAUCAGAGAUAGGAAUUGGUAUGUUCAGCCUUCCUGUGCAACUACAGGUGAUGGACUAUAUGAGGGCUUGACAUGGCUAACCUCAAAUUACAAAUCUUAAUGAUUGAGUGCUGACUGUUUUAGGUCAAAACUAUAAUAAAGUUGCAAGUAACAAAUAACUUCUCGAAAUGAGUAUGGUUAAGAAAAAAUUGAUUAUUUCCCAUUUAUUUUUACUACUACCUUUACCCCAUAACUAAUUUAUCUUUAACUGGGUUUUCUGGCUUAAAGUUCGCUUGUACUCUGUAGCAGGCCUAUAUCACAUUCAUUAUUUUGGGGCUAGCUUGAUGAAUACUGAAUUAAUUGGUCCAAAAGUUAAAGCCACAGAGAUCACCGCCUUUGCCUAUUCUUUUUCCUGUUUUAUAUAAUUUUUCUAAUGAAGCUGAAGUUUUUAUCUUCAUUCUUGGACUACAGCUUAUUUCAAGGUUCUUCAGUCCCUGUUGCAUUGGACUUGGACCUUAUUCUUUUUCUUCUAAGGUGGGAUCUUUAAUGUCAUGUAGCCUACUUGGAAGGACUUUGACAUUUGUUUUAAUACAGUACUGUGAUGAAAAGUAUUUCUUCUCAAUGGUGUUGACUGCAGCAAGGAAAAAACGGAAAAAAAAAAAUCACCAUGGCUUAUAUUUCAUUAUCAUAAGUCUUGACACCGGGGGAAAAAAUGACUUCGGCCAUGUUUUGUUGCCCCUCCCAAUCCCUUUAUGUGGGCUACAUAGUUAACUGAUUGACCUUUUGUGUCAUGUCUUGGUACCUAAUUGUGCUGAAUAUUCAACAAAUAGGCCUCCAGUAACUCGUUGGGAUGCAUUUUUAAUUUUGGGUAACACGUAGUCAGUCAACUCAAUCUUUCCAAAGGAAUGUCAUUCAGCUCUGAGCGCUCUCAAUCUGAUACCACAGUUGAUUAGUCUCAGUAUUGGGACAUUAUAUGAUAGCCUAUAUCUGUAGCAUGAGUACGAAAGUACAGUAACCCUACAUCAGAGUCCAUCUGUCGUGCAGUCAGAGAGAGCUGUUUACUGGUGAAAUGUUGAAAGACACCUUGUGGUGCAGCUCUUACUCCUAUUUUGACUGGGGGAACCAUGUACAGAACAAUGUCAUUGUAAUGUCUUAUUAAAAAAGUGAUUUUAAAUGCA